GGUUCAGAUGCUGCAGGUUUUUUUUUUAUGUCCUGCGAUGGAUGGGGAGAAGAAGAUCUUUUUUUAUUUUUUUAUACCUUUCCCAGUCAUUGAUGAUCGCGAUUCAAUUGACUGGUACUCAAAAGUGUAUAACAUGUUUAACCCUUUACAAUGCAUGCAUCAAUCAUCACAAAUCAACAAUAUUCAAUCGCAGAUAAAACAUUUCUGAUUUGGAUUUGUGAGCAGCGAAUGAAUGGUUUCUCUGGUCGCGUGCCGUGCGUUGCAAUGCAUUUUUUUUUUUUUUUUUUUUUUUUUUCUGUCCCAUUCCCAGCUCUGUUUGUUCAGAAAGUGAUCAAAAGAACUCCCGCAAAGAAAGCAUGGAAAAAUCAUUCACAUUGUCAUUAUGGGAAGAUCAAAAAGCAUAUAUUCGUUAUUCGACCUUCGACUUGCCGAAUAGCCUCAUUCUUACUGCUGAUUUGCAAAGAUAGCCUGGCUGGGUUAUUGUUAUUUGCCAGGGUUGCUCAAGUAAUGUUUACAGUAAUGUGAGGGAAUGGGAGUAAGAUGAUCAGGCACAACAUCGAUACACGCGAGUAUAACACAUUUAUUAUUUUACAGUCAUUCCAAGCACAAAGCAGACACAGAAUUGAGGAGCAACACCUUUCCGUUGGCUUAUUGUUACAAGGAAUAACAUUAUUAACGAUGUGUAAUACAUAAAAAACCCUAAAAUAAAAU